AUGCCAGGCAAUGUAGUCCGCGCAUUCCGAACGCCUCGCGCGCUGGGGCCGCAAUGGCGCUCACUGUCUCUUCGGUCCAUCACCGGCCACAGCGACGACAACGGCUCCACCGGCAAAGAUCUACUCACGUUCGACGACGACCGAACCCCCCUCAGCCGCGAGGAACUCGACCGCAAACUCCGCGCCGCCGACCAGACAGAACUUCUCGAAAUCUUUUCCGUCGCUCGUGAUCGCAGAUCCACUGUUCAGAAAGUCAAAGAACACGCCUCCGCGAUGCCACUUACAGUACAGCUGCUGCCGGAAGUCCCUGCCUACAAGGUCGGGUACUCCAAGACAAUGCUCAUCGAUCCACUCCAAACAAAAUUGGACGAAGCGGUCGAAUACAACAACGUCCUGCUGCAGCAUCUCACCGACCUACAGUUCGAGCCGUACAAGAAGUCCCGCGACAACGCUGUGGUAGAGUUCGGGGAGGAGAUGAAGAAAAAGAGUCGCGACGAGCAGCUGGAGAUGCGGGAGCAAGUAAAGAGGGACGCACAGGCGAAGGUGUCACGGAUGAAUGCCAACGUGGAGAAGCUGCUGGGCGACGUGACCGAGGCGGUUGAGAGCCAUGGAGGGACAGUGAGGAAGGCAGCCAAUCCCUUCGAUGUGAAGCCGGAGGUUAGUGACGAGGUUGAGGAUGUCGACGUUGAGGACGAUCGGACGGAGUUGAGCGCUGAGCUGGACGACGGGGAGGCGCCAGUCAUCAAGACGGAGGCGCAGAACAAAGGGGCAGAGCAGAAGAAGCAGCCUGCUGCCCCCAGCUUACUUUCGAGGUUCCAGCGAUUGCGCGCUUCAAUCAGUGCAGGCGACAAGUCAAAAUGA